UGGAAUGAUCAAUUGUUUUUCAGAUGAUGCUAUAUUUGAAGAAGAAGAUAUUUAUAACCAAGCCCUUCCACCACCAGCAAAUACAAGUUCUGGUUUAACAAUGCCUGGAACAAAAUGGUGUGGUCCUGGUAAUACAGCAAAAAAUUAUGAUGAUUUAGGAAGUCAAAAAGAAGUUGAUAAAUGUUGUCGUGAUCAUGAUCAUUGCCCAGAUAUAAUUGAACAUCAUAAAACUUUACAUGGCUUAUAUAAUGGUGAUUUAUUCCCAAGGUUAUCUUGUAAUUGUGAGCAAAAAUUUUUAAAUUGUUUACAAACUAUUGAUAGCACAGUUUCAACAUAUCUUGGUAGACUAUAUUUUGGUUUACGUUCAAAUUGCUUUACAGAAGAUUAUCCAAUUAUACAAUGUUCAAAAUAUGUUACAAUUACAGAAAUUGGUGAUACAACGUUACCAGAACAACGUUGUGUUCGUUAUAAAUUAGAUAAAAAAAAAUCUAAAGUAUGGCAAUACUUUGAUAAUCCAUUCUUUACAAGAAAAACAUAA